GGGACAAAUGAUCCGAACGCCAACAAUUAUUUAAACCUGCUGCUGCUGCUCCUUACAGCCGCCAUCAGCGCGCUAUGGAUUCAUCUUCACCAUGGCUUCUCCUUUUGGUGGCCCUCCAGCUUCUCUCGGUACCACUAGCUACUGUGGUGGCCGGAAGGGGCGCUGUUUCGGAGGGAUUCCUUGAGCGUGCGAGGGAAUCAGAAUUUUUUGAGUGGAUGGUGGGGAUUAGGAGGAGGAUCCACGAGAAGCCGGAGCUCGGGUACGAGGAAUUCGAGACCAGUGAGCUCGUUCGAAACGAGCUAGAUCUGUUGGCAAUUUCUUACAAGCACCCAGUAGCCGUCACUGGCGUGGUCGGUUUCGUUGGCACUGGAAAGCCCCCAUUCGUAGCGUUGCGAGCCGACAUGGAUGCUCUAGCGAUGGAGGAGAGUGUGGAAUGGGAGCACAAGAGUAAAGUUUCUGGAAAGAUGCAUGCAUGUGGCCAUGAUGCUCAUGUUGCGAUGCUUUUGGGAGCUGCUAAGAUCCUUCAGGAGCAUAAGGGUGAACUCAAGGGAACAGUUGUGCUUCUUUUCCAGCCAGCCGAGGAAGGAGGCGGAGGAGCAAAGAAAAUGAUUGAAGCAGGGGCUGUGGAUAAUGUUGAUGCUAUCUUUGGUUUCCAUGUUACUACUGAUACUCCAAUUGGAGUAGUGGCAUCCCGUCCUGGGCCAAUUAUGGCAGGGAGUGGGUUCUUUGAGGCCGUAAUAAGUGGAAAAGGAGGCCAUGCCGCCAUUCCACAACACACAAUAGAUCCAAUAGUAGCUGCAUCUAAUGUUAUUGUUAGCUUGCAGCAUCUUGUUUCUCGUGAAGCUGAUCCUUUGGAUUCUCAGGUGGUGACUGUUGCAAAAUUCCAGGGAGGAGGUGCUUUCAAUGUCAUCCCCGAUUCUGUCACCAUUGGCGGCACUUUCAGGGCCUUUUCCAAAGAAAGCUUUUACCAGCUCAAGCAACGAAUUGAAGAAGUGAUAGUGGCGCAAGCCUCAGUGCAAAGAUGCAGCGCGACGGUGAACUUCCUCGAGAAAGAACGGCCAUUCUUUCCUGUAACAAUUAACAAUGAGACCCUCCAUGCUCACUUCCUAAAAGUUGCAGGUGAAAUAGUAGGGCCUGGUAAUGUUCGCGAUAGGCAUCCAGUUAUGGGCGCAGAGGACUUUGCCUUUUUCACCGAGAUUGUGCCGAGAACAUAUUACUACUUUUUGGGAAUGCAAAGUGAGUCGGGGGAGCUCCUGAGGCCCGGCCACUCCCCAUAUUUCACUGUUAAUGAGGAUGUAUUGCCAUAUGGUGCGGCUCUGCAUGCUUCCUUGGCUCAGCAAUUCUUACUUGAGGCUGACCUUGCCCUGCAAUCUCCAUCACAUGCCCACAGUUCUUCUCAUGAUGAACUUUAGAUGAUACUCCUCUUCUAUCGCUUGUUUUGGUCCACAUGCGAUAUGAAAGAAGGUACGGCGUUUUAAUUCGGUUCUUAAGGUAUUCUGGAAUUAGGAGGAUCUAGCUGCUGUAAAUUUGAUGUAAUAUUCGUAUUCUGUAAACAGGAGGACGAAAAUGAUAGAUGUGAACAUGUUUCCUCGGUAAUGUGAAUUUCUUGUGCGCCUUUUCAGCUUGAUUGAACUUGGAUUUUUAUAGCGUGCGGCUUCGUCCUCCGGUUUAUAAUAUUAGUAGGUGAAAUUAUUAAGUGCAGAUUACAUAUAGAAGAUAAAGUGUUCGCAUCAAUGUAUUGCUGUUCCUCUAAUUGUUUGUAGUACACAGCUAUGUUCUGCAGUUUGGCGGAGAAUAUAUA